AUGAAGGCCACCAUCCUCGCCCUGCUGGCCACGGGCCUGGCCCUGCAGCCAGGCACCGUCCUGCAGUGCUACUCCUGCAAAACUUGGGUUGACGGCAAGGACUGCCAGCUCGUGCAGAACUGCACCCAGGCCGAGACCCACAGUCCCUGCCUGCCCUGUGCCAGCCCCCUAGACACGCUGCACCUCCCUGCUGUGGGUGUGACUGGUCUCCUGAAGGUCACCAGCAAGGGCUGCAGCUCGCAGUGCCAGGAGGGCUGGCAGGACCACUACGUGGCCAAGAAGAAUGUGACAUGCUGCUCCGCUGACCUGUGCAAUGCCAGCGGGCCCAGCGCCCUGCAGCCGCCCGUUGGCCCCCUGGGGCUGCUCGCCCUGCUCGGCGGCCUUCUGCUCUGCGGCCCUGGCCAGCUGUAG